AUGUCUUGGCAACUACCUAUUAACAUUGCGAGAGUUUUCAAGAGAAAGGAGGAGAUCGAGGAUGAUGAAGAUGAGAGCUUUUAUUGUAUCGGGCUUCCGCAAGAGCGUAACCCUUCGCCAGUAGAAGGAGAGGAAUUCGCUGCUGACAAUAUACCAGAGUCGAGGCCAUUACCAGAUCUGCCAUGGGAGUCUAAACACGGCGGUACUCCUGCUCGUCCAUUACGAUCGGUCAGUCGUUUGAGUAUUAACACAGUUUGAAGUGCAGGUACAUUUGAUCCUCGCACGACUGAAGUACAUGUUCGCGCACCAAGACCAUCAGCACCCGUUCCAACUCCCUGUCUCAAAAAGAUGUCAAGAAAACCAUCUUUGCAUCAUGGUCACUCUGCUGAGAGAGUUGCCCCAGAUAAUCUUCCAGACUUUUCCCUAUCCAGCAGCAAACGACAAGCAGCCCGUCCACUUCGCUCUGUACGAGGGAUGAGGAUUGGUGAGAAGUCAAGGAUAAAUGUCGGCGAAGCAAACCGAUUGAAGUUGAAAGAGAUCUGCGCUGGCUAUCUCUUUGAGCCAGAAUCAUCCGAGGACGAGAAAGAGCUAGAGCGCAUGUUCCCUACGCCCACAGAGAACUCUUCCGAAAUUAACCAAGAGGAGGUAAAUCUGAACCGUUUGAAGGAAGCUCGCGAAAAUAUAACAUUCCCAGAAGAUUAUCUCAUCGAGGACCUGAUCAACGAUAUAGAACAAUCCAUAGAAUUAAACGCCUUGUCAGAGAAUGAUUUCUCUUCGAAUGAGGCGGUAGGUAAGUCGACAGCUGAGGAGCCAGAAGCAACUUCCAAGUCCGAAACGCAAGUUGAGGAACAGGAGAAGCAAGAGAAGGUUGAAAGAUACCCUUCGCCUGUACCUUCGUUGGAGUUCGAGCCAAUGUUCCCGGUGACGGAUUACCAACGUCGUCUAAGAGAGGAGACUCGCAUAGCUCUUAUUCCGACUGAGAGAAGGCGGGCGAGGGAGAGGGAGAUAGCGCGCAGAAAGGCUUCAGUAUGGUAA